CGGCUCAUUCGGAGAAUGGCCGCGGCUACGGCGUGCGGCUCCCCGGCGCCCCGGCCGCGCAGACGGGGCGACUCGCGGCGGCGGCAGGCCGCCCUCUUCUUCCUCACCAACAUCUCCCUGGACGGCCGCCCGCCCUGCCCGGCCGCCGAGAAGCAGCCUUCCCUUCCUCCUCUUCCUCCCCCCCCUCCUCCUCCUCCUCCUCUGCCCUCCGGGGAAGGGGAGGAAGAGGAGGACGAGGAGGAGGAGGCGGCGGCGGCGGAGCCGGCCGGAGCCCCGCCGCGCUCUCUGGCCCCGCAGCGGGCUCUCCCCGGGCUCUCGCUUCUGCCCGGUUCUUCCCCGGUUGCUGCGGGGAAGGGGGAAGCGGAGCAGCCCCGGGGGGGCGGCUUCUUGCCGCUGCCGCAGGGCGCCCCGCUCUGCCCACUGCCGCCCGCCCCCCCGGGGCUGCCGGGCUCCGCCAAACCGGGGGGCCCCGGGCUGCUGAGCCCCGCACCGGGCGCUGCGGGAGGCGGCUUGGCGCUGGAGGUGCAGCGGCAGAGAAGGCGUUUUAUCUCCCAGCGCUGCUCUCUAGACUUUUUAGAAGACAUAGUGGAAUAUGCCAGUGUACAAAGAACCAAGAAUAUAUCUGGGUCUCCGAGGCACAAAAGUUUGAAGAAGAUGCACUUCAUCAAGAACAUGAGGCAGUAUGACACAAAAAACAGCAGGAUAGUAUUAAUCUGUGCUAAACGAACCCUGUGUGUGGCUUUUUCGAUCCUACCUUAUGGGGAGAGUUUACGAAUCAGUGAUCUAAAAAUGGAAGGACAGAAGCAGCGACAUCCUUCUGGGGGAGUUUCAGUCUCCACUGAGAUGGUCCUUGGAAUGGAAGGAGUAGAGCUAGGUGCUGAUGGCAAGGUUGUAUCCUAUGCAAAAUUCCUGUACCCAACCAACGCCCUAGUUGUUCGCAAAGCUGACAGCCACGGCGCUGUUCCUUCAUGUCGAGCUAGUGUUUCGCGGAGUCUUCCUGGAUCAAGAUACAAACCUGUGACAGCAAAAACGAUUCCAGCAGGAACAGAGCUUGGAAGUGAAGCUGGGGAAGCAGCAGAGUACGAUCCAAAUCUUCUGGAUGACCCUCAGUGGCCCUGUGGAAAACACAAACGUGUUCUCAUCUUUGCUUCUUACAUGACAACAGUCAUAGAAUAUGUGAAGCCCUCAGACCUGAAGAAGGAUAUGAACGAAACCUUUAGAGAGAAGUUUCCUCAUAUCAAGCUGACACUGAGCAAAAUUAGGAGUUUAAAGAGAGAAAUGCGGAAUCUGAGUGAAGAAUGCAAUCUGGAGCCAGUUACUGUGUCCAUGGCUUACGUUUACUUCGAGAAGCUCGUUCUCCAAGGCAAACUUAACAAACAGAACCGCAAACUGUGCGCUGGUGCUUGCGUUCUGCUUGCAGCCAAGAUCAGCAGUGAUCUCAGGAAGCACGAAGUCAAACACCUUAUAGAUAAAUUAGAAGAGAGAUUCAGAUUCAACAGAAGAGAUCUCAUCGGUUUUGAAUUCACCGUCCUUGUAGCUUUGGAACUGGCUCUCUAUCUUCCUGAAAACCAAGUUUUACCUCAUUACAGACGGCUCACACAACAGUCUUAACCAAAGCUACUUUCCAGCUGAUAGCGUCACUGAACACGGUUGCUGAAGUUGCCACUGGCCUUCCUGUGCCACUGUGUGCAUCCUGCUAUGGCUACAGCUAGCUUUGAAGUCUGCGACGUGUGUGUGAACUGUCAAGGUGUGCGUUAUGGACACAUAUGCCAAGACUGGGAGAUGGUACGAGAAGAGUUGUUGAACUUUAUUUUCUUUUGGACAUUUGAAGCACAAAUAUUCACCAGUUAGCUGUUAUGGCUGCUGAUUAUUCCUUAUUUAUCUUUUCAGUUUUACUAAAACUGUUCUUCCCUAGGAAGAAUCCUACGGUAUUGUUUCUUUUUUUUAAGCCUUUAUUGUAUUCCUUGAAACUAAAGGAAGCAUCACUUCCAUUCCAGUGCACCAUAACGUUCAGAUGUUUCUACAAAUCUUUUUGCGUUUUUACAUUAGUGAAACACAUACUUUAUUUUUUUUGAAGAUGUGCCUAAAACCGGCUGGUCUGGUACCAGUACUUUUUAAGUUAGUUAUGUUAUUUAGUGGGAAAUCCUGAAUUUAUAUAGCCAUUUAUUCUUUACCUGCAUUGGCCUUGCAUAUAAGGAAAACAGUUCCAGUAUAUCUGCACUAAUGAUACACGGGGCAUCUAUACUAUCUAUAGCUAGAUUGAAAUUACUGUUUCAAUUUAGUUAACGAUAGUAUUUUAAGAUUAUAUACUUUAUUUAAAAAGUAAAGAUUGAUUCAAAAUAUGUCAUGAAAUACCACCUGUUGAACAAGGUAGCUGCAAAGUGAUUGUCAUCCUAAUUCACUCUUAAAUGGAAGAUGAGUGCUUUUAACUAAGAACAACUUGCUGUAAAAUGUAUAAUUUCUGGUUUUGAUUUGUUUUGUAGUCUGAAAUAAGCACCUUUUUAGUAUGACUGUAUUAUAUAUGGUCUUAGUGCUCUGAGCAAGUACGUAAGUCAGUGGAGCUAUUCCUGCCAAACUAAGCCAGUGAAACAAAGCAUGCUCAGUAUUUAAAAUGCUACUUUUUUAACUCCGUUCUUCCAAGAAUUGCGUCACUGUGAUGGUCCUCAAAAUUAGCAUUUGUUGCACAUCGGAACAGCCACUUAACGGCUGGUGCCAGGCAGCAUUCUAAUGCUUAUGUCAGAAGUUAGAUAACUUCUUUUACCAUUGGCUAUUCCUUCAUUUAUUUUUUAAAAUAUCCAGGUUGGAAAUGAACUCUGAUUAUAUGUGGAACCUUCUGUGAUAAUGGCUCUUGGUUUUAUUUUCUGAAGCAAUAUUAUGAUACAAGUAACUGUCUAUUUGCAAGAAACAAAACUGAUGCUUGGCUGUUAUGACUGAGAAAUUUGUAAUUUGACUCCUAAAUGAAAUACUAGACCUCAUAAGGUUACCUGCUAUCUAAUAUGUAAAGUAAAUAUGUAAAUUGCUCUUCCUUGUAUUAAAUGUUGGUUUUAGGCAAAAACAAAGCUGAAUCUUUGUUCUUCAGCUGUGUUUUGCCUGAAGCUAAUUUGUCAUCAUUAGAGUUGCACCAAAACUAUACUGGAGCCCUUUCUUCUUUAAGUAGGGCACAAAAUGUAUAUUUUCAUAUAAUAACUACAGUGACUAUCAACUAUUUUGUGACUGUGUUCAACUGUAUGUAGCUUCAAGUUAUUUGUGUAAACUUAAUAUGAUUCUGACUUCUCUUUAACACAGAAGGACUUUCCAGUCUGUAAGUGAGAUGGUAGGUGAUAAGUUAAACAAUAACCUUGCCAGUUAUCUUCCAAAAGGUUUAGAAAAAUGUCUACUAGUUCAGCUUUCUACUGAAUAUAACUGUCAUUGCAUGCACGAAAUAGCAAUGUACUAAACAUCUAGAGUAUAGAGAGCCUUGAAAUUAGAAAAAUGCGGUAAACACAACUGAAGUGGUCCACCACUUCCUAUACUCGUGUGAGGGGAAGGAGCUAGAACUGAGCAAAGAAACUCCCCACAAGGUGUCUCCAGAAAUAGUGAAACUUUAUUUAGUGUGAAUGAAGUCACAAAAUGCCCUUCUUUGGGGACUUCCUUCUAUUUAGUGUAUAAAGUUUUCUGUGACAUAACUUUCUCAGCCACCUAGAGAAAAAUGUAUUUAUUUUUGGAACAGUUCAGUCUCUAUUCAGUGGAAGUUUGUCUAGUUGCAGUGGGCGUUUGGGCUCGAGAUCCCCUCCCAGAAUGGAAGGUAUGGUUUCACAUGAUAAAUGGGAAAGCUUUGGGCUCUGGUUAUUUAGUUUGCAUUUUCUUCAGAAGAACAGCCUAGGGUAAGGAAUACUGACUGCCAGAAUGCUGUUUAAAGGUAACUCUAAA